UGUGGGAGUGUGCUGACCUUCCGGGUCAGACCGCAGACCAUGUUUCUCCUCACUCCAGUGUUGGUAGCGGUUGUCUGCAUCUUGGUUGCAUGGGUCUUUAAAAAUGCUGACAGAAGCCUGGAGAUAAAGAAGGAGGAGCCUCAGGUUCGCCCGUGGGUGGAUGAAGACUUGAAAGAUAACAGCACUGACCUCCUCCAAGAGGAAGAAGAUGCUGACGAAUGGCAGGAGUCGGAGGAGACUGUGGCGCACAUCCCGUUCUCUCACACCCGGUACCCAGAGCAAGAGAUGAAGACGAGAUCUCAGGAAUUCUAUGAACUCCUCAACAAGAGGCGCUCCAUCAGGUUUAUCAGCAGCGAGCAAGUCCCAAUGGAAGUCAUUGCUAACGUCAUCAAGGCAGCAGGAACAGCUCCAAGUGGGGCCCACACUGAGCCCUGGACCUUCGUGGUGGUGAAGGACCCAGACGUGAAGCAUAAGAUCCGAGAGAUCAUCGAGGAGGAGGAAGAGAUAAAUUACAAGAGGAGGAUGGGAGACCGAUGGGUCACAGACCUGAAGAAACUGAGAACCAAUUGGAUUAAGGAGUACCUGGACACAGCCCCCGUUCUGAUUCUCAUUUUCAAACAAGUCCACGGUUUUGCUGCAAAUGGAAAGAAAAAAGUCCACUACUACAACGAGAUCAGCGUGUCCAUUGCCUGUGGCAUCCUGCUGGCUGCCCUGCAGAAUGCAGGGCUAGUGACGGUCACCACCACGCCCCUCAACUGUGGUUCUCGCCUGAGGCUGCUCCUGGGACGCCCCUCACAUGAAAAGCUGCUGAUGCUGCUCCCGGUGGGCUACCCAAGCAGAGAGGCCACAGUGCCUGACCUCAAGCGGAAAGCUCUGGACCAGAUCAUGGUGACAGUAUAGGGAGCCAGCUUGUGCUGGAAGGACACUUGCUUCUCCCCACGGGGUCUGCUGGCUCCUCUUGCUCUCUGAGUCAGGCCUCCUCUGCAGAUAGGUGCACAGGGAAGGCACUUCUUAGGUCAUGAUAUCUUCCUACACUCUAGAACUUUCUGUCCAGUAAGUAUUGUUUUGGAUGAAGCGUUUUAGUGGACAUAUGAAGCAAGAGGUCAAAAGGCAUGUACUCCUCUACAAAAACAUAGGUGAUCUUUUUCAUUUAUUUUAAAAAUUCAUAUACUGAAGUCACAUUUGAAAGUUUACUAUAGCUUGAAGAGCUACCUCCACAAUGAUUUCUAAUUUAAAUGUUAACUGAUCAAGCGGUCUUCUGACCCUCUGCUUCCUGGUGGCUUCGGGACUAUGAAUGUGCUAUUGAGACCUGUUCUACCAUUAAACUUCCUGGAAAUCCAAUCUUGAAUGAAUAACCAUUAAAGUCACUAAAUUAUGGUACUCACGGAACCAGGGGGGUCAUGUCUACAAGCCACGAUCUAUCUGACAGUUAUCUGAACAUGAUGAACUGCAUGGCUUAUAUAGCACACCUGGUGGUUAAAUAUUCUUGGAUUAUGAAACAAAUUAUUUAACCAGUUGUGGCUUAAAAUUGCCCAUGGUAAAGGAGUUGGCAACCACCAUAAAGCAAUCUCAGCUUUCCAGAGACACCGUUGACCACACACAGCAUCUCCUUCCUGCAUGUUCUUAUGAAGAACACUCACCUGUUCUUCAGGUAACAGCAAUACUCUUUGGGACUUCCCUGGCCACUGGUGUCCAGCUGGACCUACCAGACCUGCUCAGUCACCCAUCCCCACCACCCCUCGGCCCUCCCAGGGGCCUGGUGUACUUGUCUUUAUUGUUGUUGUUUGGGCAGUUCUCCAUCCAGCUAGUCUGCUUACCUCUGUCACUGCCACGACAUCUUCCUCCUCCUCCCCACUUUCCUCUUCUUUUUGUCCUUUUCCCCUGCUGUUUCUCCUUUUCUUCUGUGUAGCUCAGCUGGAUCAUUAAUGAGAGAAAGCUGGGGAGAAGGAUGGCCUUUCUGUGCUCUGAAAUAGAAUUAGACUAAAGGAACCAACACCUGCAGCCUUGCGGUCCUUUGAUAUAGCGACAAGUUCCCGACAUCUACACACACCCUCAGUUUUCUCUGCCUGUACUUUCCCUCCCCUCACUUGUGACAAGUAAGUGUCCCCGGGGCUUUACUGAAAUGAGGUUUCUUUCAAUGCUAUGGUGACUUUAAUAGAGUCUCGUGGAUGGGGAUGGGAACCAAUUGAUGUCCAUCUUAUUGUUGGUUGUACUGGACAAAGUUUCUCUGAGUUCCAAGUAUAGAUUAAUAAACAUACUUUGUUGUCACUGUA